AUGUCACGGUCACUACUCCGUGAUGUCUUCAUUUACGACCUCCGUAACUUGGAUAGCUUGCUAGGCGGUUUGACGGCCACGCCUGGAAUAACGAAUGCCAACUUCUACACCAUGGUUGAAAUUAUCAUCGUCACAUCAAGUCCGUUCUUUCUACAGAAUAACAAUGGGGAGGAGGUUCUACGAGACGCACAACCCCUCUCGCCCGGUAACUACUUCGUCGUAGUUGAUGGCACUGUACAGCUGAGUGAUGAAAUCGUAUAUGUCCGACUUAUGUCAGUAUGUACCGGCUCGGGAGUUGGCUCCUUCACACGACAGGUACGAGAGCGUGAUGGAGGAUGUGUUGUCUCAAAGGUGGCCAAUACCCUAGCAAUGGCCGAUUUGUGGAAAGGGUUUGAAGCAGCCCAUAUCUUCCCUAUUGCAUACCAUAAUCAGUGGCAGGAGAAUAACUUUGGUCGCUGGAUCGACGUUCCACCGGCUAGAGGAGGGUCAAUCAACUCGGUACAGAACGGAAUUCUCCUCAGGGCGGACCUGCACCAGCAAUUCGACAGUUAUAUAUUUUCCAUUAACCCUGAUGAUGGAUAUAAGAUUGUGUUUUUCCAUAAUGCCAUCAAUCGAGACCUCGCUGGGACCUUCCUAGAUAGCGAGUUACUCGACGACCGACGAUGCCCCCCACCCGAACUCGUCCGAUGGCAUUUUCGUCAAGCUGUCCUUGCCAACAUGAGGGGGGCAGGGGAGCCAGUCUUUGAACAUGACUUCCCGCCCGGCUCGGAUAUGCUGGGAGAUAUCCGAGAGGGUCCUAUGGCGGCCGAGCGGAUGGAGUUUGAGCUGUUCGGACGCCUGGCCAGCUAUGUCGACGGCGUGGGUGAAGGAGGCGUUGGCGAUGAAGACGAGAGUGAAGGUGAUGAAUACUCAAGCGGCCAUGAUGAGGAUGACAGCGACAACGAUGUGACGAGCAAAGGCUAG